AACUGUCGCUGAAGUCAACUCGGAGUUUGGCUCUGGAUCCUGCGCACCCUUAGAAGUAGAAUUCUUGGUUUUAUUUUUACAUUGUAUUUUUUUGUUUGUAACAAUGGCUUUAAAUAUGGUCAGACGUUGUUUGUUAUCGAGCACAGAAAAAAUACAAGGGCAAUAUAACUCUAAAAUGAAUUAUAGUAAUAAACAGAUUUCUGAAAAAUAUCAAAUGUUAGCGGUAUCUGUACCAAAGGAAUUUAUUUAUAUGGUACAAAUGAACAGACCAGACAAAUUUAAUGCUAUGAACGAUAUUAUGUGGAAAGAAUUCAAAAAGUGUUUUGAUGAAUUGGCAAUAGAUCCAGAAUGCAGAGUCAUAAUUAUUUCAGGAGCUGGGAAAACAUUUUGUGCAGGUAUUGAUUUCCAAAGUUUGAUGCAACUAGGAAAUGAAUUAACCAAACAUGAAGAUGUUGCACGAAAAUGCAAAGUUUUACAACUAAAGAUAAAAGAAUAUCAAGAUAGUUUUAAUGCCAUCGAAAAGUGCCCAAAACCUGUAAUUGCAGCCAUACAUGGUCCAUGCAUCGGAGCUGGUAUAAAUAUGGUGUCAGCAGCAGAUAUUCGAUAUUGUUCCUCGGAUGCCUGGUUUCAAGUAAAAGAAGUUGCAUUGGGUAUGGCUGCCGAUGUGGGUAUAUUGCAAAGAUUUUCAAAAAUCGUAGGCUCUGACAGUUUAGUUAGAGAACUUGUAUAUACUGCAAGAAAAUUUGCAGCUUCCGAGGCAUUACAACAUGGUUUUGUUAGUCGCUUAUUUCAUAACCAGGAAAGUUUAUUGAAAGGAUCAAUGGAACUUGCAGAACAGAUAGCAAGUAAAAGUCCAGUUGCGGUACAAGGUUCGAAAUUAAGUUUAGUUUAUUCGAGAGAUCAUCCUGUUCAAGAUAGUCUUGAUCAUAUUGCUAUGUAUAAUCAAGUUAUGCUUCAAAGUGAGGAUUUUUUGGAUGCUUCUGUGUCACUGGCUACUAAAUCUGAUCCACCACUUUUCUCAAAAUUAUAAAAAGAGAUUUAAAUGUACAAUAGAACCUUGGCAAUUGCAUAUAAUAUUAAAUAUCCAAGUAAUGACCAAGAAGCAUUGCAUUUACUAUAUGGGAUGAGUGUGUGUGUUUUAUUUGGGCAGACGAGUAUUAUAUAGACACACAUAAUAUAUCUUCGAAGGAUUUUUAAAUGUAUGACUUGUUAUACUUAUAUAUUUUUGGACAUUAUAUUUGAUAUUUUAUAUGUUAAACAGAUUGUAAUAAAGAACUAUUUUUAAACCUGUUAA